GUAACCGGACACCGACCCCCCAGAGCUGCUGCUGGCUGCUCAGAGUGGAGCAGAGCCCGGCGGCAGCAGCAGUAGCGGGGCGGUCACCUAGUUCACCCCGCAGACAGAGAGCGGAGGCGCGGCGGAGCAGAGCAGGAGGCUCCGGUCCUCCCUGCCGAACUUUCCCCGGCUUUGAACCUCUUUCAGCGGCUGCUGCCGCUCCACAGAGCUGCGUGGACGAAUAACGGAGUUCUGCGAAAGUGGGAGAAGUUCCGUCCUAAGCAGCCUGACAGCCGCCGAGAUGAAGAAGAACAGCUCCGGGAAACGGGGCCCGGCGGACUCGGCGCAGCAGAACUCUCCACCAGACAAAGCGGGCUGGAUCAAAAAGUUCAGUGGGAAGGGGAUCUUCAGGGAGAUCUGGAAGAACCGCUUCGUGGUUCUUAAAGGAGACCAGCUGUUUAUCUGCGAGAAGGAGGUUAAGGAGCUGGGUCGGGCCGAUGAAGUCCUGGACCUGUCCGACUACGAACGCUGUGAAGAGAUCAGGAAGAACAAGAGCCGCAGCAAAAAGAACCACAGCAAGUUCAGACUGCAGCGCUGCAGCUCGCCCGGCAACACGGUUCCCAAUCUGGUGUUCUUGGCCCUGAGUCCAGAGGAGAAGGAGUCCUGGAUCAACAUCCUGAACGCAGCCAUCACCAGAGCCAAGAACCGGAUCCUGGAUGAGGUUCUGGUGGAGGACUCACAGCUGUCCCAUCUGACCAGAGACCGAGCCAAGAUUCCUCAGAACCGCCGCCUUCCCUCCAGAGGCCACCUACUGGCCGUGGCCUCCACCUCCUCCUCAGACGGGAUGCUGACCCUGGACCUGAUCCAAGAGGAGGACACGGCGUCUCAGAAUGGACUCAACACCCUAAACCUGGACAAACCGGCCUCCCAGCUCAGCCCCGACUGUCCCAGGUCCCAGACAGACAGCGCUCUGUCGGCCGGAACAACCGAGUCUUCCACCAAGUCUCACAGUCUUCCCCGCGAGACGGUCGUGUGGCAGAAAACGGGUCAGAGCCGAACUCCUCAGCCGGACAAACGGCCCAGCGUGGCGGAGAAAAACCGCUGCUCCUCCAUGGACGAGAUCCUGAACCACUCCGAGACCAAAGGUGCCAAGAACAAAACCCCUGUGACAUCACAUUCCCCCACCGCCACGGCAACCGGAACCAUGGCGCCCAUCAGCCAGCUGCAGGAGCUCAUCAGCAAGAAGCUGGAGAAGACGGAGAGGCUGCUGACGGAGGUCAGGAGCGACGCGGAGCCUGGGAAGGCGAGGGGGGGGAAACCGUCAGGGGAUGGGUCCCGCGCCGAGGUGGAGAGACUCCUGAAGGAGGCCGCUGAGGCCUGGAACCAGGCCCGGGAGGUUCUGGAGGAAGUCAAAGAGCUGAAGGCAUUGUACCAGCAGCUGCAACCCGGAUUCUCCCCCUCCAACAGCACCAAACAGAACCCUAACCGCAAGAGCCUGAUGUAGGCUGGGAGAGGACUUAGUGAGCUGAACCGGGGCGGCCAGGAAACCCAAACCGCUUCCUGGACUUCAGACCAAGGGACCUAAAACUGGAAAAACCACUUUGCUUAUUUCAGGUCAGCUGGGUCCAAAAAAACGUCUGAAAAAGCAACAGAACCUGAUCAGAUGAGCCUAAUGGUUCUGUUUUCAUAGAAUAAGCUGCUCCGGUUCUGUUGGACCUACUGUCCAGCUGACCUCUCUGGGUACCUGAACCGUGCAAAACACACCUGUCUGUCAGGUGACUCCUCAGGUUUCAGCGGGUCGGGUCAAAUGUUGACCUGAGGUUCUGAGGUGAUCCGGGUUCGGGCGGCCAAACUGUUCUGAUGCUUCUGUAGGAGCGAAAAUUAUUUAAAUGCUGCUUUUUUUUUUUUUAGCUUUGGUCCAGUUCCUGAACUCAUCCAAACCCAAACUGAUUCAGAACCGACAGACAGCUGCUUGGAGCUCCGGAAUAUUCUGAAGGAAAACCAGCAGAUUUAUUUCUUCAUUUUACCAAGGAAGAAAAAAUCAUGAAAGUAAAUAUCUUUAUGUUGUGGUUCUGUACCAUGAAGACACGGUUCUGGGAACCUUUCGGAUCACGUGCAGGAGCUUGGUUCUCCCUGCUGGAGCAUCUGGGAAAAAGUCCUGGUUCCGCUCCGCUGGGUUGGACCUGAUACUCCAUAGUUGGGAAUAACUGGGAAAGAGCGGUGGAAUUUUGGCCCAUAGGGCUUUCCGUAGAACAGAAUAGAACUUAAUUGAUCUGUUAUUUUUAGUGCUUAAAGGUUCUGCUCAGAACAGGAAGUUCUUUCAGAACCGGUCCCUGAUGCUUCCCGCUGGUCUGACUGAAUGUGCCAACCGAUCCAAGAGUUUGGACCUAAAACCCGGUUUUAUCCUGUAGGAAUCAUUUGGAUCUCCGUGUAGCAGUUCUUCACUGGAUUUACUGCUUUCAGAGCCGGGGCGGUACCAGCAGAUUCUGGAGGCUGUGGAUUCCUUUAGAACCCUGAUGUCCUCUAGAACGUUCCUCAGGGGUUGGAACUCGGCUCCGUCCCGUUUACAGUAAAACGGGACGAAAAGUCCGGUUCAGUUUAUUUGGUUCCAUCAGAUUCAAACCCAGUUGAAAACAAACCAGCAGCCUUUGUUCUGUUUGGACCGGCUGCUCCAGUUGGUCCCGUAUUUAUCGGUACGACGUCGGACUGAGCUUCGCAGAUUCUUCUGCAGAGCUGGUAACUCAGAGAGACCUUAAACCGGACCCAACGGGUCAGAACCGACCAAACAAUGGAACCAUCUGGAACUGAAGCUGGAUCUGUCAAUGUUCUGAAGGAAACCAGUGAGCUACUGGUUCUGAUUCACUUCAGAUCUGAGCUUAACUGGACUCACUGGUUCUGUAAAUGGUUCUGAUACAAAACAGUUAGGAGCUAUUUUAUUUUAUU